AUGAAGUGCCUCUUUUGGAAUGUGAGAGGUAUAGCUAACUCUCCCACAAAAUUAGCUUUAAAAAGGCUCAUUCGUGUUAAUCAUCCGGAUUUUGUUUUCAUUUCUGAACCGUGGAUGGAAGUUAAGAAUUUUCCUUUUAGGUGGCUCCAUAGAUUAGGUCUUAAGCUAUUUGCUGUGAAUGAAAGGGAUGGCUUAGAUCCUAAUCUUUGGUGCUGCUGCCGUUUGGACAUCGAACCUCAAAUUGUUGCUAUAGAUAAUCAACAAGUCUCUUUUCUCAUCAAAAACCAAGAUAACACUUUUGGUAUCUCAGCUGUUUAUGCUUCUACUAAUCUGGUGAUGCGUAGGUCUCUUUGGCAAAACCUUUCUCUUCUGUAUAAUCAAUUCAAGAUCCCUUGGGCAGCCAUUGGUGAUUUUAAUUGUACUCUGGGAGCGCAUGAGCACAAGGGUUCUAUAACUCCGGCUAGACCUCCGAUUGAAGAUUUCAAUAAUUGGACAGAUCAAAACUCUCUGGUGCACCUUCCUACGGCAGGGGCUUUCUUCACUUGGAAGAAUGGCAGAAAAGGAAAUCUCCACAUAGAAAGACGUCUAGAUAGAACCAUUUGUAACCAUAGUUGGCUGGAUUAUUGGUCCAACAAUUCUUGCAGAACAUUACCCAGAAAUAAAUCUGACCAUUUUCCGAUUAUUUUUGAAUUUGUUUUGAGGGAAGACAAGGUUGCCUCCAGCUUUAAAUUCCUGCAAACCUGGGCUUCCGACCCUAGAUGUGAAGAGGUAAUUUAUGUUGUUUGGAAAACUAGAGUGGUGGGCUGCCCUAUGUUUAUUCUUCAAAGAAAACUUCAGAUUCUAAAGUCUAGACUCAAAGAAUGGAACAAAUCUACUUUUGGUAAUAUCAAUGACAAUGUGAAAAAAGCUGAAGAUGGCCUCAAUUUGAUUCAAGCCAAGAUUCUAGAGAAUGGCCCCUCGGAUGCUCUGGAUACUAUAGAAAGGGGCGCCCAGGCAGAGUUGGAUAUUGCUCUUCAAAGAGAAGAAAUAUUUUGGAAGGAGAAGGCUCAUGUAAAGUGGAAGGUAGAUGGCGACAGGAACACGCGGUUUUUUCACAGGAUCGCUAAAAUCAGACAAAGUACCAAGAAAAUAUCUUGCCUAAGAGUGGAUGGGUACCUAAUUACUGAUAGGGAUCGUAUUGCGGAGCAUGUGGUCUCGUAUUACACUAACCUCUUUAAUAAUAAUCUCUCUGUUUUGCAGGAUAAUAGUUUGAUUGAUGAGGUUAUCCCUCACUUGUUGAACCAAGAGAACAACACAGAGUUAACAAAGUUGCCUUCUAUGGAGGAAGUUUACAAUGCUGUUAUGAGCUUGGAUAAGGAUAGUGCCCCGGGCCCGGACGGUUUUAGCGGUUUCUUUUUUCAAAAAUACUGGAGCAUUAUUAAAGAAGAGGUGCUCGCUGCUACUUUACAGUUUUUUCAGGAUGGAUGGAUUACACCUAACUACAACAGCAACACUCUGGUUCUUAUUCCUAAAAUUCCUAAUGCGGAGUCAAUUGAGCAGUACCGACCGAUUGCCAUUGCAAACUUCAAACACAAAAUUAUUACCAAAAUUCUUGCGGAUAGGUUAGCCUUGCUCAUGCCGUCCAUCGUUUCUGCCGAGCAAUGCGCUUUCAUUAGAGGUCGGAAUAUCAAGGACUGUGUCUGCGUCACUUCCGAAGCUAUCAACCUCCUUCCAAACAAAUGCAAGCAAGGGAAUCUCGCCAUCAAAGUUGACGUUGCAAAGGCUUUUGAUACCCUUAACUGGGAAUUCUUGAUUAAUGUCCUCAAAGCAUUUGGAUUUGACGAAAAAUUCUGCAAGUGGAUUAAUGUUAUUCUUCACUCCGCUGUUAUUUCUGUUUCAAUAAAUGGUUCGCUUGCUGGUUUUUUCUCUUGCACAAGGGGGGUGCGGCAGAGAGAUCCGUUAUCACCUCUUCUAUUCUGUUUGGCAGAAGAUGUUUUAAGUAGAGGGUUGUCUAAGUUGGUGGAGAACAAAAAGGUUAGGCAGAUUAAGGCAACCCGAGACUCAUUUGUGCCUUCCCAUGUGCUCUACGCGGACGAUAUUAUGGUGUUUUGUAAAGGCGACAAGGGUUCUAUUGAGGCUCUAAUCAAUCUUUUUCAAAGGUAUGCUGUGGUGUUGGGUCAGAGGGUGAAUCCUUCAAAGUCUACCAUCUUUGCAGGAUCGUUACCCAUUCAAAGGCAUUUGCACAUUGCCUCUUGCCUUGGAUUCAACACGGGGCAGGUUCCUUUCACAUACCUCGGAGCUCCAAUUUUCCGGGGAAGGCCUAAACCAAUACACUUUCAAGGUAUAGCAGACCGCAUUAGGAAUAAAUUGUCGGCGUGGAAAGCUAGCUUAUUAUCUAUGGCUGGCAGAUUGGUUCUUGUUAAAUCGGUGAUUCAGAGUAUGUUAUUGCACACAAUGCUAAUUUACUCUUGGCCCUCUUCGGUCUUAAAGAACAUUCAUAAAUGGUCGCGUAAUUUCAUUUGGAGUGGGGAAAGUGAUAGUCGCAAGCUGGUCACGGUAGCAUGGGAUAAGUGUUGUAGACCUUAUGACGAGGGAGGCUUGGGGAUUAGGUCUCUGGUUACUCUAAAUGAGGCUGCCAAUUUGAAACAGUGCUGGGAUUUAGUAAGUUCUCAGGAGCAGUGGGCUAGCUUACUUCGUGCUAGAGUGAUGCGGGACAAUAAACCGAUCUCGUACCACAUUUUCUCAUCUCUGUGGAGCAGUAUGAGGGCUUCUUGGGCAGAGGUUAGCAGCAACUCUGGUUGGCUCAUAGGCAAUGGUAAAAAUUUUAAAUUCUGGUCUGACUUUUGGAAUGGUUCUUGUGUGAUAGAUUCUCUUAACAUAACCGACCUUUUGCACCCUUUUGUAAAAGACAAGGCAGAAGCGUAUAUUCAGAAUCGUCAAUGGAAGCUCCCUAAUGAUAUCCAUAUUUUGUUUCCAACCUUGGAUAACUUACUGUCUAAUGUUCACCUGCCUAGUGUAGAUAAAGAUGAUCAAUACAUUUGGACUCCUGCAGCGGAUGGAAUUCUCUCCUUGAAAGAAGCUUUUAAAUUCAAGUCUGGAACCUACAGCGCGGUCGGGUGGGGAAAGCUAAUAUGGAAUGCUUUUAUUCCGGCAUCGAAUUCUUUGCUUUUCUGGCGGCUGUUGCAUAAUAAAGUGCCGACUGAUGACAAUUUGAUGAUGAGAGGUAUCCAACUUCCUUCUAUUUGUAAUCUUUGCAGCGCUACAAGCAAAACUGCGGAGCAUUUAUUUUUCUCCUGCCCUUUUGUAGUCAGACUUUGGAAUUUUGUUUCCACGAAUUUGUCGCAGUCUAUUUCAUCUUUUUCGGAUAUCUGGAGUGCUUAUAGAAAGCUAGAUUCUGAUCAGAGUAUGUUGGUUUUUAUGGCUGCAAGUAUUAGCAUUGUUAACACUGUUUGGAAGGCUCGAAACCUGAGACGGUUUGAUGACAAAACCAUUCCUUGGACUAACGCUUUAAACAUGGUCAAGGUUCAGGCUGCGUUUACCGGUAAGGCUACCCCGAAAUCUGGUUCAAACUCUAUUUUGGAUUUUCAGCUGCUUAUGAGUUUUAACAUUAAGCUGAAUCCUCCCAAGACUAUAAUAGUUAAGGAGUUUUUGUGGCAUCCUCCUGUUCUACACUGGAUUAAAUGCAACACUGAUGGGACGUCGGCGGGAACACCUCAGAUUGCGGCUUGCGGGGGUAUCUUUAGAGAUCACGCAGGUAAUCAUCUUGGGAGCUUUUCCAAUCGGAUCGGGCAUGGGAACGCGUUUGUGGCUGAGCUUGUUGGAGCCAUCUUGGCUAUUGAGAUAGCAAAGCAGAAAAAUUGGAACAAUUUAUGGAUCGAAACAGACUCGAAGCUGGUGGUGUUAGCUUUCUCCAAACCGUUUAUCGUUCCUUGGGCUAUUCGGAAUAGAUGGGAAAAUGUCCUUCAUCAUUCUAGGAAUAUUAAUUUUUUGGUAACUCAUAUUUUUAGGGAGGGGAAUCAUUGUGCGGAUAGACUCGCUAACUUAGGAUUACAUGUUAAUGAUUUUACUUGGUGGGAAGUUGUUCAUAGAGACAUUCUUGCGGAGUUAGCUAAAAACUCUAUAGCUUCUAUGCUUCCAUAUUCCACCAUUGAUGUCUCAUAUAAUUGGCAUUUAGUUCGGUUUGUCCAUGCAGCUUCUAUGCUUAAUGAGGACUUUAUAUGUAUCAUACCCGUGUUCGUUAUGGCACGACCAUUAGCAAAAAUAUGUGACAUCAAUGACAGCAAAGAACUUUGGAAAGUUUCUGUUCGUGUGCACCGCAAAUGGACAGUUGUUUCAAACAAGAGGGAGCAUUUUGAGAUGAUCUUUGUUGAUGUAUCGGGUGGUGACAUACAUGUUGUUGUUCCUGCACCUCAUGUAUCUCUUUUUUCUGAAAAAAUGGUCUUGGAUCAUAGUUACACUGUUUCCAAUUUUAAGGUUCAGGCUAAUGUUGCGGCUUUCAGACCUUCGUCUCAUAAGUUUAUGUUGAAGUUUACUGCUGGCACUACUGUUAUGGAUGAUAACAACGCUGAAAUACCUCCAAAGCCGUUGGUGUUUACUAAAUUUACUGAUAUAAUAAACGACAACUUUAACAAGGAUGUGCUAAUAGAUGUCAUUGGUAUGGUGGAAAGUAUUGGGUAUUCACAGACAACAACAGGUGCCCGGAAGCAGCAGAUUAACAUGAUGCUGCGUGACGGGGGAUGUCAUGGCAAGUUUCCACUGUCCGUGACAAACACGUUUAAUGUUACCGUCCUUGGUCUGAAUAUUGAUUUGCUGCCGAUGAAAGAGUUUAUAGAAAGUUUUCCAAAGGAUUCCAUGAUUACGUUGUCUGGCCAGGAGGGUUCCAAUUCACAGCUUUCAGCACAGAACUCUGAAAAUCAACAGAUGACUCUUGUACAGAAAUUGCUUUCAAAGGCUGUUGUAAUGCCUAUUGGGGAUAUUAUAAAACUCAGAACUGUAUGUUUGGAAGUUGUUGGCCUUUUAUUCUGA